AUGACAUCGCAGCUUGGCCUCCACCCAUCCUUCGCGGUCAUCCCUCUAGUAUCGCAAUCACUUACCGUCUUUUUCGCAGGCGUUGAAACGACGAUCUUCAUAUCAUUUCUUAGAGCCGCUGAGACCGACCACGCUGCGGUGCAGCGCACUGCACGAUUGUGGUGGAAGCAAUGGUUGCCCUGGGGCCUUAGCACUAUAUUUGCUGUCACCCUUCCUGGCAUCUGUGCAGGAGUGUACGCUGCUCGGCAACUGCCAUCCGACUCUCUGGAAUGGAAGUUGUACGCCGCCGGCGCAGCGUUUGGCAGUGGCCAUUUUCUGGCCGGUCCAACCAUAUCCAAAGUCAUCGACAAGAUCUGUGAUGAGGAGGUGGAGAAGAGUUCCGAGACCAUGAAGUACAUCAAGCGGUGGCUGCAGGUUCAUACCGUCCGUACCCUGGCCGCCGACAUACCGGCGUUGUUCUGUUUUGCCUACUUGGUGUUCGGAAAGUAG